AGGAGCUUCAAGGGCGAAUGUUAGCCUUGUCACAAGGUGAAAAUAACCGGUUCUUAUAAGUGGCAACGAAGAUGUCGACGUUUGACAGAAAAGCUGAAUUAGAGAUGAAGAAAGCGAAACUAGCUAUUCUUAGGGAAAACAAAAUUAAAAGAGACAAGGUGAAGAUUGAUGGAACAAAUGGGGGAACUCAAGAUAACCUCAACAACUAUGGUUCGGCCCAAGUUCUUAGGAUUGAAACUGAAGAGUUAUUAAGAACUCUUGGGAUUGCUGUUUCUGAUGAACCGUUGUCUCAGGUUUCAGACGAUCGUAUUCUCUCUAAAGGGACUUCGGAUCCGCCACAUACGAAAACGGAUAGCCAGAAAAAACGCAAAUGUUUGGGGUUUUCUCAAAUAAACGAAAUCAAUGUUCCUCCGAAAGAGAAUAUAUCUUAUUCUAAAAUCACUCAAACAUUUGAGUCUUACGUCCCACAACAUGUUACUAGUGGCGUUCGUACUGAUUCUCUACGCGAGGUUAUAGGUUCUCCAAAGUUCAUGACUCAUUUAGAAUGGGAUGACGAAUUUUCUACUGCUCUAACUUUUGAGGAAUCGGUAAAUGAUACUCUUGAUAUGACUGCUGUAAUCAAUGAAAUACACAAAAUGCCACUGGUUAGUUCAAUUGCUGCUACAAAGACUCCUGUAGAUACAGAAAGAGAGAGCGAACAUUUGAAGCCACUAAAAGUAAUACAACUCACAGACGAGGAAAGAGAUGCAAUUAUGAGAUCAGAUAGAUUUCAUCGUUUCUUUGACAGGGCAUCACGACUGAUAGAACGAGCAUUAGAUGAACCUGCAGAUAUAUUUAUUGAUUAUAGUGGUGGAGAUCAUGAUGAUACCGGAAAUACCCAACGUCAUCAACUUGUAAGAUUUGGUCGUGACUUUUUUGAUGAUCGGUGGUCAAGAAGACGCCUAGUCACAGCAUUGGAUUGGUCACCAAUUUUUCCUGAGUUACUUCUUGGUGCUUAUCAUGCAAAUGAUGAAGCUCCACAUGAUCCUGAUGGAGUAUGUUUAGUGUGGAACUUGAAAUUUCAGAAAACAACUCCAGAGUAUAUUUUUCAUUGUCAGUCUGCUGUUACUUCAGCAACCUUUGCAACUUAUCAUCCAAAUUUGAUUAUUGGUGGGACAUAUUCUGGACAAAUUGUAUUGUGGGAUAAUAGAUCAACCAAGCGAACACCGGUACAACGGACACCAUUAUCAGCAAGUGCACAUACACAUCCAGUUCAUGCAGUUAUGAUUGCAGGAUCAUUGAAUGCACACAAUUUGUUAAGUAUAAGUUCUGAUGGAAAAUUAUGUACAUGGAGUUUAGAUAUGCUGGGUCAACCUCAACAAGCCAUGGAAUUAACACAUAGGCAAGCUCGUACUGUAGCUGCAACAUGCAUGUCAUUCGUAGAUGAGAAUGUUAACAAUUUUUUGGUUGGGUCAGAAGAUGGACGAGCUUAUGCUGGUUCGCCGCAUGGAAAUCAAGCAGGUAUCAGCGAUGCCUUUGAAGGUCAUCAGGCUCCUAUCACAUCAAUUUCAUCUCAUCCACUCAGAGAUUCUGUGACAAUUUCACCACUGUUUCUUACUACUUCUCUUGAUUGGUCCAUAAAACUGUGGUCUGUCAAGGAAACCCGUCUUAUAUGUUCAUUUGAAGAAGCUUCAGAUUAUGUUUUUGAUGCUCAUUGGUCGCCUAUGCAUCCAGCUGUAUUUGCAACUGUCGAUUGUACAGGAGGCCUUGAUUUAUGGAAUUUAAACCAAAACAGCGAAGUCCCAUCAGUUCGUACAGUGAUUCCCGGUCAACCAUCGUUAAACAAAUGUCGUUUCCACUCAUCUGGUUCACAUAUAGCCAUUGGUGAUGAUAAUGGACGUAUUCACAUGUUCGACUUGAAUGAAACAAUGGCAAUCCCUCAUGCAGACGAGUGGACGAUGUUUUCACAUACAAUUAGCGAACUUCGACAGCUUGCAGUCGAACAGAAAGAGAACGAUACCGAUGCUUUGUUUGGACAACCCGCUGUGCCGCCUAUACCUGUUAUUCACUGAACGGGAGCAAUUUACUCUACUAAACGACAAUUCCUAACCUUCUGCAUAAUUCCCUGUAUCGCAUAAUAAAUGUCUACUGAUCUUACGGUG